AUGGAAGCCGCUGCCGCUGCGAGCCCCGGUAGCUCGUCGCUGGAAGCCGUGGCCACCGCCUUCCGGUCCCGCGUCAACGAGCUCCAGGACCUCGCCCUUGCCCGCAACAUGUACCCGGCAACGGCGGUGACCGACCUCACCACCGUGGACACGUCGGUGACGGCCAUGGAGGCACAGGUGCAGGCCAUCCGCCGCCGCCUGCAGGAGGAGCUCGACGCCAUCCCCAAGGCCAAGAAACUAGUGGAGAAGUCCUUGAAGCAACAGCAGAAGUUGCAGCAUAUGCUUGCAAACAUGCCACCUGGGAUGCGUGAGGAUAUCGUUGCUACUCCUCUGGAACAAAGCUUGAUGUUGCCCGAGUGCUUUAAUUUUAACACAGCUGUUCCAGAAUUUCUGGACUCUGAUUUUAAGAUUAAGGAAGAGCCAGUUGCAGCUCCCAAAAAGGGGAAAGGUUCAGCACCUCGUUGGUAUAUAUCCACUGAGGAGCUUGAUUCAUUGUCAUCGUACAUGAGGGGGAGGCUAACAUUGGAGAAGGUUAACAUUUCGAUAAACGAGGUGGCUACAUAUGCAGAUGCUAAUGCUCAUCUUGUUGCAUGUCCUAAGAAAAAGUUAUCAGAAGACACAUGGGAAAAAGCUUUGGAACUAAGGGACAUAGCUGCCACUGAGGCAGUGAAGGGGAAGCAUUUCUUCCUGGAAGCUGAUAUAAAGGGGCCUGGGCUAAAACUUGAUCACACAGGCAAAGCUAUCCUUACCGUCCUUCGCCAUCUUGGCCGCGUCCAUGAAACCCGGAUUGGGCAUCAUCGGGUCUUCAUACUUUCAAAAAAAUGCUGA